AUGCUUCAUGACGAAGUUGAGCCUUUGGUUGUCCAAACUUCACAACUGGCGACAGCCAACUGUGCUGCACAAGCUUUGGUGACAUCUUUUCAUCUUUACUCAAGUCGGCGUUGUCUUGGCUGGCGCACUGGCGAAUCCUACACUUGGCACUCAUACGAGGAAAUUGGAUCUAUGUCAGCUCAUUUUGCAGAUAGCUUACAGCAGCUGUUGCGAAAGGUGUCGGCAACAAAAGGCACCCCAGUCAUCGGCUUGCUGUCGGCGGUUAGCAUUCCGUGGUUCAUUGUCGACUUUGCGUGCUCUCUGGCGGCUAUCCCGUUGGUGACGAUGCACCGUGCAACAGAUGACGCAGCACUGGCACAGAUUCUCGACAAAACUGGUCUAUGCCUUCUGAUAGCCUCCAUGCACCUCCAGCCGGUGAUCCAGCGCGCUUCAAGUCGCGCAUCUGCUUCGAAGCUUCAAAUGGUUAUAUGGAUCGAGGACUCGUCUGAACCGUACUGUUUGCAGCAGUCCUCUCGCCCGCUGGCUACAGGAACAGACAGCAGUCCACCAAGCUGGCAGCAAAAAGGCUUUCUCGACGCACUGCAAGAGGGAAGUCAAGCUUUGAGAGUACCCUCCUGGAGGGAUCCGAAGCGUCUCGCCAAGCUGCUGCCAUCAAGUGGCAGCACUGGAGCCCCAAAACUGGCCGUGGUGACGGAAGAGGCACUGUUCAAGGGCAGUUGCGGGCGAACCCCCGAGUCGUUACCAGGCCGACUUGGGUCUGUGGAUAUCGUCACCUACGCUUAUGAAGCUAUCCGUCAAAGCCACGACGUGCUCAUGCAGGGCGGACGCAUAGGUGUAUUCUCGGGCUCGUUGGAUCGAAUGCUGGAAGAUGUCCGAGCACUGUUCUGGACUGGCUUGUACUCUGACUUCGAGAACGACGUUGUUGAGGAACGGAGCCUGCUGGGCAACCGGAUUGAUGUGUUGAUCUCCACAGGGGCACCAUUGCAGCAUCAGGUGCAGCGCUUUAUCACUAGCCGCAUGGCAGCAGACAGGGUCUUCGGCAAGCUGGUUGUGGACGGGUAUGGAUGCACAGAGACCGGCAGGAUCGCCAGCAAUGGCACAGUGGCAGAGAACGUGGAAAUACGCUUGCUGGAUUUGCCUGAAUUGGGAUACCUCACCUCGGACAGCCCUCCGCGCGGCGAGAUUUUAGCCCGGACGCCCUAUAUGGCAGGAUACUUCAGCCUGGAGAGGUUCACUGAUCAAGGUACGGUUCGACAGAUGGAAUCCGACUCAGAGGAUUGGAUCGUGCUCAACAGCGUGGUGUACUUUCGCACUGGCGAUGUGGGCGAGCUGGCUGUUGCACCUGGCAAUGUGCGUGUGAUCGACCGGUGCAAGCACCACUUCAAGCUCGCCCAGGGCAUCUAUGUGGCGCCGGAGCCAAUCGAACGGGUCUUGCUGCAGAGCCCUCUGAUUUCGCAAAUUUUCAUCUGGGGAUGUGGCUUUAUGCAGGCUACUGGCGCGGUUGCAGAAAUUCCACAACGUAUUGUCCUGGAGCCGGUGGCGUUCUCGGAAGAUGCAGGCUUGCUCACCGCCUCGGGGAACUUUGAUCCCAGAGACUCUAUCCUCUCGCUGGGCUUGGACUCCAUGGGCGUGGCGUUAGAGACCCUUGCGGACCUGGAGCGACUGAUUCUGGCUGGGCCGCGAGCGACACGCGCGAUUGUCGGUAAGUGUUCUGUCGUGAACUUUGAGAAGGAAGCCGAAGCGAGAUGUGAGGACCUUGCAAGUUGCGUCGAAAGCCGAGCCAGUGCCCAAAGGACACCACAGUCUGGUCACGUGGUGCUCUUGACAGGCAGUACCGGUUUUCUUGGAUCCUUUGUUGCUCACGCACUGGCCCACGCCGGUUUCAAGGUGCAUUGCUUGGUGCGGGCCACGUGCCAGGAAGAGGCCACAGAAAGAUUGCGAACGUGCUUAAGCUUCUAUCAGCUUUCUGAGGACGUUCCCGAGUCAAUAUCUGCUCUGCCUACCACAGGCGUAGAGAAUCCUGGCUUGGGUGUGUCCGAGAAUGCGAUGCCUGGCAUGAUCGACUCCAUCGUCCACUGUGCAGCAACAGUUUCUGGAGUGCUGCCGUACAACGCCCUGUGCGCUUCCAACGUGACCGGCACAAAGCAAGCUAUCUUGCUGGCACUGCAGAAAGGGGCAAGGCUGGUGUAUGUUUCUACGCUGGGCUUUGUAGAUGAUGGCCAUCCGGAGACACGCAGGGUCUCCACGGCCAACUUGCAUCAACGAUCGGGGUAUGCCCAGUCAAAAUGGAUGGCUGAACAAUUGGUCUGGAGAGCCACGGAGUCAUUUGGACUACGAGCGGUUGUCUUGCGACCUGGCACGGUUUGCGGGGCCCGGUCUGGCGCGAGCAACACAAAAGAUGCUGUGAGCCUCCUUCUGCUUGGACUCGUCAAGUUGGGCUCUACAUGCACUGAUGAUCGAUCACCAUUGCCAGCGGGAUUCAAUCUGGUUCCAGUGGACUACGUUGCAGAUGCUGUCGUCGUUGUAACAAGGGCCAGGCGCAGCUUGCCACCUGGUCCGAUUCAUCUUUGUGCACCGGAAGCCAUUUCCACCCGAACUUUGUGUCAAUGGUUGAGUGAAGCUGGCCAUGAGUUGAAGGACCUUUCGCCGGAGGAAUUCUGUAAGAGAGUCCAACAGGUGGACGAGAUGCAUCCCCUGUAUGCUUUGCGAAGCAGCUUGAGCUCUUCAAGGUCUGCUCACUCCGCAGACCUCCCUAUCCUUGAAGCAAUAAACGAGCGAGCUCUGAAAUUGAGGACGCCACGUGCCUUGACCAAAGACUUAUUGGCCAAGUCAAUCCAAUUCUUGAGAUCGGCUCACGCUGUUUGCUCUUCCAGCAUGUUUGUAGAUGCAGCAAUCAGCAGCUUAAUGACCGGACGAUACAAGUAUCGGCAUCUAGAGCUUCAGAAAACGCGGAAGACGCCCAUGGCCGAUGGCGACGUGCAAAGUGACACGAUUGACUGGGGCAAGAUCCUUGGAGAAGAGCUGAUGUUGAGUGGUCGCGCACAGGCGGCCCAGGCGGCUGCCGACAAAUCGGCAAACACAGAAGGGAGUGUACAAUCCGACGGCGACCAGCCAAGCGCAAAGGAAGAGAAGCAGAGCACCGUGCGAACAUUGCAUGCCAUCCCCAGUGCUUUGAAAUUGUUAGUUCUGUACUUCUCUGGCCGAUGGUGUCCUGCUUGCACGGAGUUCGACUCUGUUAUCAAGGACGUGUACGCCGGACUGAAGUCCCUGGAAGAGUCGUCAGAUAUCGAAGUCGUUUGGGUUUCUUGUGACCUAUCCGAAGACACGUACAAGAUGCACAUGAAGCGAAUCGGGUCCCUGCUCGGAGCUGUCUGGUCCCCAAAGCGCUUACAAGAACUUUCUGAUCGUUGGAAAGUGAAGGCGAUUCCAGCGGCUUUGGUCUUGGAUGCUCGAGAUGGCCGGAUAGUAACGGCAACUGCCAGGCGAGACAUGGAAGAGGCUAAGCAGCGUGUGAUGCGGAGUGGGUCCAAAGAUACUAGGGAAACUGAAAUUUAUGGGAGCCUAAUGUUUCGUUGGCUUGAGCGUCUCGAUGCUCAACGUGCAGCUUUGGAUGACGGGAUGCCUGUGAAGGGUGAGAGCUCUGACGAGAGCUCUGAAGGCAAGUUGAGCAAAAGAGGAGCCGCUGACGCCAGCAAGGCGUUGGCUUUGUACCGCGAAAUGCAAGACGGAGGCUUACAACUUGAUGUAAUCACAUGUGGGGCGAUGCUGAGUGCUUGUGAAAAGUGUUUGCAAUGGAAUUGGGCGCUGACCUUGUUGAAGGAGGCCGCAGGCUCGCAGCUUGCUUUGGAUGUGACUGCCUACAGCGCGGCCAUCAGCGCUUGUGCCGCUGCUGUGCAGUGGAAGUGGGCAGAAGCCCCAGACGGAUGCCCUGCGCCUGUCCUCAGAAAUGGCAGCUGCAGGCCUGACACGUGUGCAUACAACGCUGUGGCGUCCUCAUGCGAAGCUGCGGGUCACUGGCAGGACGCGUUGCAAGCUGUCGUGGCGAUGCAGAUUGGGAAUCAAAGGCCCAAUGUUCUGACCUUUGGAGUUGCUCUCAGGGCUUGCGUCCAAGGAGUUCUCUGGGAGCAAGCCUUGAACUUUCUCCUCGGAGCCCGUCAAGGCGCCAUCGACCUGGAUUCCAUCGCUUUUGCCACUGCCGUCAGUGACCGCCUGUCAGACUGGUGGCAGUUUGGGAAAGGCAUCAUGGUGCCUGUGCCCGCAGCGGCGGUGAGAAACGGCCACGGCCCUUCUGCCGACUGCGGGCGCGUUCUGCUGGCGGCCGCUCUGGGAGCGCACUCAAAGCUUUCACCAGCAAAUCAGUCGAAGCUUGUGCCGGUGUCUCCUACUUCGCCGUAUUCUCCGUGGCAGAACAGCUCCGAAGGAACUCCAGGGAGGCGAGUAGCUGACGAGUGUCUGGAGGAUGGAGAAUCGGAUCAGGUCAAGCCGAACGAUGCCGAGGAGCACAAGGCCGGCUUUGGCUGGUACCUGAUCCGCUCUGCUUUAAAUGGCCUUCGAUCUCCUAGCAAGCAAGAUGCUGACCAGGAGCAGGCAGGGUUCGUGGCACUUCCAGGCGUACAGAAAGACCACAGCCUGGACCUGAUUGAGACCAUGGAGGAGGGCCAUGCCCACGAAAUCACAAGCGAUUUCGUCGCGGAGAUCCAGCAAGCUUGGCGCUUGUUGCAGCACUUGCGUCAUCUUGCCUCCUUGUUGAAUGUUGUCCGCUCCGAGGACAAACUGUCGGCACGCCUUAUCACUGACGCAGGUGAUUUUCUGAUGCACGCCAGUGUUCGCUUGGAGGCAUCUCGCGUGGACUUCCACCUCUACGAUCCCAGUCAGAAGGAUCUCUUCAAUCCGGCAAAGCCAGCAUUCACGAUGGGUUUUAACUCGUCCAGAGAUGAAUGGAGACUAGUCGCAGAGCGGUGCCAGGCAUGUCAGUAUGUGCCACCCCACCUCUCCUGUGCAACUCACGGCAAGCAGCAGGUGGCUGUCAUCAAGCAUCGCCAAGCCUCUGUCGGAGAAGGCAUUUCAAACAUUAUGGAGGUGCGGAUACCGGGCCUUUAUCAAAAUGAUACGAGCGUGAUUUGGUGCCCAAUGCUGGGCAUGCCUGACUUGGCUGAAGCUGAACUCAGCAAUGAGAUGCAGCAGCUCAUUACCCGGAAACCGGUGUGGAAUGAGAAGGUGCAAAGCUUGGUCUUGGAUUUCAAGGGUCGUUCGCGGCUUAGCCCCCCCAUCCCCCCCAGGAAAGUUGCAGCACUUCGCAAGUUGCGUGACAAGCAGCUGGCGAAGCAGGCCAGGAGCACGGCUGUCACAGACACUUCCGAGGAGCAAUGCAUUCCCGAAGACUCCGCUCGGAAAGAAUCACAGCAGCCGCAGCCGAAGCAAAUCGCUGAUUCGAAAGAUGCCGAUGCUUUCUUCUGCAACGGCCACUGCUACGAGCGCGGAUUGUAUGGCUGCGAGAUGAAUCUCGAGGUUGCUGCGAGGUUGUACAGGCUCGCAGCUGAGAAGGGACACACUGUCGCACAGUGGCGGCUUGGAGAGCUUCUCGAGUCCGGCUUGAACGGCCAAAAGCCCAACGAUGCAAGAGAGGCCUUGCAUUGGUACACCUUAGCCGCACAGAGCGGAAAUGCAGAGGCGCAAAGUGCGCUGGCGCUCCUGUUGGAAGAUGGCGCCGAUGGAGUUGACCAAGAUCCAGCAGCUGCUUUGACGUGGCAUUUGGCGGCCGCAGAAAAGGGAAAUGCAGUGUCGCAGUACUGCGCAGCUUGCAGGCUGUCCAGUGGCGGCGACGUUGAAGCAGCGCACCAUUGGCUGCAGCUCAGCGCGGAUCAGGGCUUCCGGCCAGCAAAGCAAGUUCUGGAGGAAGCUGAGCUCAGCACUUUAUCAGGAAAUUCCCCCGGCCGAGGCCACAGCCAUUUGGCAGACCCGACCUCGACAGCCGAUGGUGAAGACCUCGUCGGCCUGGCCAUGCGCAUAGCUCAGCAGCUAAAGGGGCUUCAGGACGACGAAGAAGCAGCACAGCUGCUGGAGGAGCUGCUGAACGAUUGUCCAAGUUUGGUGGACUCAGCAGGCGACGCCAUUGCGGAUGCAGCAAGCUCCUGA